UGACAACCUGCACAACACGGAUACGAAACUACUGAAUGACAAUGUGGUCGCAAGUCAAGUACGUAAUUCAGAAUUCUACACAACCACGCACGGUUUUAUACGAAGAGUGUCAUUAAAUCUCCCGUUAAACAAGGUCCAUCGUCGCGUUUGUACAGGGCAUGCCUGUGCUGCUGCACAAACUGCAAAAUGGUGUGACAACUGAAGCAGGCGCUUUCUGAAAAGAACUGGAUAGAAUCUUUCAGGAAAAUGGAGCCAAACCCUCACUUCUCUGAAUAUGGAGAUGUUGAGGAUGUACAGCAGGAAGAUGACGACAUUGGGCAAGAGAGCACCAGUAUGGAACCCGACACGUGUGACGUUCAUGACCACCCCGCUCAUGCUACUCGCUGUGGUUGGGAGUCUUUUCCCUGUGAGCACUGUGGGAGCUGUUUUACCAGCCGACAAGACUUGGAAGGACACAUGCAUAGCCACGCUUUGAUACAAAAUGUGACGCAUACAUACAAAAGCAAGAGGGGGGAAAUGGCAUCCAGUUUGGAUUUUGAUCCGCUGCAGCAUGACAACGUGGAGCCUUCAGUUUCAGUCAGCUCAGAUGCCCAGAUGGAAAGCACAAAUACCCCUGGACACAACUCUGUCCUACCUGACGAGCACUUGUACGAGCAUUACGCUUGCAGCUACUGUGAAAAGAGAUUCACUACCUAUCCGAACAAAGAGCAGCACGAGAGCACAGUCCACGAGCAGCAUCUGCAAAUUGCACGUGCGCAACAAAGUGAGACGCCCUAUGAGGGAAAUCAACAGCAGAUAAUCAUUGCGACGUCAAAUCACAGGGCCCAGCUUGCCGGGGAGAUGGUGGACGAUGAAGUGGAACGCGCUGGAAACUACAUGCUCGAUGUCUCCAGCAGUAUCUCGGAGAAUCUCCGAUUUUACUUCGACGGGAAAAUUGUGUCGACGAGCACAGUGAGCAGCUGCGAAGCAGCUGAAGUUCAUGCUGCGUGUUCGACUUUGGUUGGACUGGAUGCCCUCAUUCUGGAUCCCACUCAUUUGAACCUGGGGUUAAGUAUGGAUUCCAUUCUGAGCAACCAAGAGUCGCCGGGUCAAGCACUUGCCAGGAGAAGAACCGCAACACCUCCUCUGCUACCCCAAAUUCAAACGGAACUAGAAUCGGAGGUGGUGGUGUCGUCAUCCUCCUCGGAACCGGUGACUUCGUUCAUGGAGAAUCCGCUUGCUCAAAUGACAGAGUCUUCACUUCCCCCCCCAAACCCAACCAUUGUGUAUCUGUCCCCCAAAGUGAGUCAGCUACAAGAAAAUCAGGACAUUUUGCUUCCAGAUGGCCAAACAGUUUGCUCAUCUGUCUCUGCCGCGGCAAGAAGGUUUAAAAGAAGGACCGUCUCUCCACAAAGUUCUCCUCAGCACAGCACAACAUCCGAUGAGGAAGCAGCGACGACGGAUACGGAUGUCGAUGCCGUUAGUUUGAGGCACACGGACACCCAGAGUGCCAGCGAACGAGGAAACACAUCCCAGAAUAUUGAGGAAGCUCAAGCAAUUCCUCUUUCGACAGAGAGCUGGCCUCCCGCGACUGUCGACAACCGCUGCAGUCAGCAACCACUGGAUCUCUCCAGUACGAUGAAACGAAACGACGUCGGGGAUUCAGACGAUGCCGCGCUGGAUCUCAGUUUGCAAAAAAGAAGCCUUGAAGAAGCUCGGCUGAUAUCAAAUUUCGUGUUCCCCUCGGGGGAUCAUUUAAAUGCGUGCCUGCAGCAGAGGGCCUUCCUGAGCGUCGGAGAGCAAAAUGGAAGUGCCGCAACCCACGAAACACCUCUUGUGUCGGACCUCGCCAUUGUUACGGGUUCCAAUAUGGCCGACUCCGUCGCAGAGGGACUCGUUUAUGGACUUUCGCUGCCUUCGUGUCCUCUGAAUUCCGCACCGGCCACCCUCACACCUCUUGAGUUGCCGCUGGCUACACCUUGCGCGGUAUCAUUUGCUCCCUCAGCUACGCACCCGGCACUGCCAGCCGCCCCAUCAUUAAUCACGGUUCUGGCUCCCCCGCUAUCUCUUCCUAGCCCCUCAAGCCAACCGAUCCAAGUGCUGGCUCCAAAUAUAUCGCCGGAGCCGCUGGUACUCUGCGCGGAAAAUGCCAUCAAUCCGACACAAUGCGAUUUAACAUCUGCGUUUGCGGCGACCAAUGCUGCGAACCUCGUCGCUCUCUCGCAUCCACUCGACCCCUCUUUAAACCUACCCGGCCACAUGUUUCUCGCCGAUCAAAUUUCUCUGAGCCCCCCAUUAAAUGGAGACCACGGCAUAUCUGAGGUGCCGUUCACAUCCGCCGCAGCGUUAAACGAUCCCCUCAUCAACUCGUACAACAUCACAAGCAACACAGUCCUGAUCGAAUGCACCAUCUCCCUCGAAACGCCGGGGAAUGUUCCCGCCGCCGUUCCCGCGCGAGACUGCACGGAGCCUGCGGUCUCCGCGCAGAUGCUCGUUAAUCACAUAGAACAGCAACAGAUGGUGUCAUUGCCCAACACUGCCACCGUGGACCCGGCCGUCCUCAUUUCCUCCAUUGAAAAGUCCGUCAGGUUGUCGUCAAGCACCUCACUGGUGCCGGAUUUUCCCGCCAAGGCUGAAGAACCGGACCAAGACUUAGCCGAAGAGCCUCCAAACGCGGAUGAAGAGGAACCGGCCGUUUUUCCCGCCAUGGCUGAAGAACCGGACCAAGACUUAGCCGAAGAGCCUCCAAACGCGGACGAAGAGGAACUGGCGGUUUUUUCCGCCAAGGCUGAAGAACCGGACCAAGACUUAGCCGAAGAGCCUCCCAAUGCGGACGAAGAGGAACCGGCCGACGGGACUGAAUCAGCAGCGGAAGUCGCAACCGACAUUACUGAAUCAGUGGCGGAAGUCGCGACUGACGGUACAGAAUCGGGCGUGGUCGUUUCUGCUGACGACUCAAAGCGCGUUGAGAAUGUCGACGAGACAGAACCGCCGAGCAACACGGCAAGUGACGCGGAGCCGCAGACGUUCGCCAAGAACUUCAUCUGCAACGUCUGCAACCUGCUGUUCCACUCGAUGAAAGAACUCGGCCAUCACGUUAGCGACCACGCGGAAGAAUGGCCCUACAAAUGCGAAUUCUGCGUUCUGCUCUUCGAAAAGCCCUCGGCUUUGCUCGACCACCGCUCGAGCCUUCACGGCGUCGACAAGACUUACCUCUGCAGCGCGUGCCCGAAGGACUUUGUUUACUUCUGCAAUCUGAAACAGCAUCAGGAGGAAUUGCAUCCCGCCCAGCAAUGUACAUUCACCGAAGAAGAAAAAGGAAAAGUGAGAUCUCAGAAUUACAACUACUCCGCCAAAGUCAGCGCCGAGCCCGCGUUGCCCGACGCGUCUGCCGACCGGGUGAAAAAGGAAGAGAACGAAGUCGACGUGGCCGCCGAAGAAUUGUUCACGACCAUUAAGAUCCUGGCCUCAGACGGAGGCAAACUCAAAGCGCCCGAUGUCCGUCUCGGCAUUAACCAGCACUACCCCAGCUUCAAGCCUCCGCCCUUCCCUUACCAUAACAGGUCACCCGCUGGGUCGCCGGCCUCGGCCACAAAUUUCACCACCCACAACAUCCCUCAAACCUUCAGCACGGCUAUUCGCUGUACCAAAUGCGGGAAAAGCUUUGACAACAUGCCGGAGCUGCACAAGCACAUCCUGGCUUGCGCCAACGCCAGCGAUAAGAGGCGCUACACGCCCAAGAAGAAUCCCAUCCCGCUCCGACACUUUGCAAAGAGCCAGAACGGCGUCCUCUCCACGACCAAUUCGGAAAAUGAAUCCAACGCCUCCAACGGAGGCAACCAGUCCAACGAGUCCUCGGUUAAAAUAAAGUUGAAAUUAAUGAACAAAAGGAAGCGAAAGCUGGCCCAGAGGGUCAUGCCCAAGCGGAGCAAGUCCUUGCCAAACAAAGCGUCGCCUCCCCGCGCGCACGAGGACGUAUUUGUUUGCCCUCACUGCAGCAGGGAGUUCACAAUGCGACGCAGCCGAACCAAACACAUGGCGGUCUGUCCCCAAAAACCCAGAGAAGUGAGGACGAGGAAAGAGGGAGGGAUCUCCGUGACAAAGGAAAACGACGGGCGGCUCCAUCGAGGGGUCUCCCACAUGAACGAGCAACGAGCCUCGGCUCAUCCUCAGACGAGACUCCAGACAUCGCGGCCGGCGAAACGGCCCGCCCCGCCUCCUGCGCCAACAAGCUUUCUAAACAAGAGGCCUAAACUAGCCACAAAGGAGGAUUCCAAAAAUGACAUUUCCACUUUAAACGACCUCCCCGCGGUUCGUCCUUUCAACCCUCCUCUGCGGCAGUACACGCGAGUGCAUCAUGGCGUCAAACUCCCUCCAGCGAAACAACAACAACCAAGUGAGCCUCCUACGCCGAUUCGAGAAGAAGCUGGCGGCAGCUCUGGGCAAAGCGCGACAGCUUGAAGACCUUUCGGCUCCCCUGUCAGGACGGUGCGCACCCUUGACACCUCUUCACCCAGCUAAGGCUUGAUGUCCAUUACACUGUACAAGAGAUGACUGAACGAAGGACGGGAG